AUGGCCUCCGGGCGAGAUAUAGUGCCCGGGCCCCGUAGAGGAGCCUCCGGUAAUGUUCAAAAUGAGAAAAGUCUCGUUAAGUCUGGCCCAGCAACCGAGUUACUCAGCCGGGAGGAAGACAGAAGGAUUCUUCGAAAGAUCGACAUUUGCCUGCUACCUCUCAUGUCCAUCUCAUACAUGUUACAGUUUCUAGAUAAACAGGCUCUCUCAUUCACAUCCAUUCUAGACCUUCCAGGCGACCUUCAUCUUAGCGGUGAUGAGUUUGCUUGGGCGAGCGGCAUCUACUACUUCGGUUACAUGGUUGCUGCAUGCCCGGCCGCUAUGUUGAUGGUCCGCUGGCACGUGGGAAAGACAAUUGCUAUUUCAAUAUGUAUAUGGGGGGUGAUCUUGAUAGUAACGGCCGCUUGUAACAAUGUUGCGGGACUCCUGAUUGAGCGAUUCUUUCUCAGCGCAGCUGAAUCGGCCAUUGCCCCAGGCCUAAGCGUCAUUGUUGCCAUGUGGUACAAGCGAUCUAAGCAGCCGCUGAGACAAGCCGCAUGGUUCAUUGGAAACAGUUUUGCUGGUAUAACCGGGGGUCUGAUUGCGUAUGGGCUUGGACAUAUUCAGAGCAUGGCACCUUGGAAAGACAGAACUUGGUCCAUCUGUUUCAUCUUCCUUAUGCCCGAUACUCCUAUGCAGGCUUGGUUUAUGAACGACAAAGAUCGUCUGAAAGCUGUGACUCGCGUGAGGAUGAACAUGACUGGGAUAAAAAGCAGCGAGUUCAAGUGGAGGCAAUGCACCGAAGCGUUGCUAGAUGCUAAAACCUGGUUUUUUUGCGCCAUAACCUUUUUUGGCCAGGUGCCUAAUGGUGCCCUAACCACUGUGAGUUGCCAGCUGCCGUUGCUCCGCAUUAUGCCCCCCAAGUUCGGCACCAUAGUAGUCAAUGGCCUAGGAUUCAGUACCUUCGUCUCCCUUCUUCAAGCAUCCUGCUACUUGGUUAUGCUUAUCGCCGUUCAUAUCACCACCGCUCAUCUCAUGUUGGGUCGAUUCGCUGGUGAAUUACUCAUGACGGCCGCUGCUGCCAACUUCCCUCUAACGAUGUGCUUGUCAUCGGGUAAUGUUGCGGGUUUAACUAAGAAGAUGACGGUUAACACAGCUAACCGACGUCGCGAUGGAGUAUACCCACCAUUCCACGGCAACGAGGAAGUUGAUGGAGAUAUUGCAGGUAUAUUGCAUAAGACAGAUAAAGAGAUACCCCAGUUUAGGUAUGUUUAUGUUUACUGA